CAAGUAAUGCUUCAGUAACUUUGAAUGGGUGGGAAUGUUUUAGGACUCUAAUCAAUGACAAAUUUUUUUGGAGGCUUGCACCAUUCAUGUAUGGGAUGUCUGAAUUUGCUCAAGAAUGCUUAAUAGAUUUAUUUUUGAUAGCUUCUAUCCAAUAUUAUUGCAUUCUGAAAUUCAAACAUUAGAUCAUUUUGAUGCAUUCUUAAGUUUUCUUUAAAGCUCACUUUUUACUCUUAUUUUUUUUUAACCCAAGUUUUUUAUGUUAAAUAACCCAGCCUGGUUGGGUAGGUGGGCAGCAACUCAGUGCAACCAAUGCUUGAUAUACCUAUCAUAGAGAUUAUUAAUUUACUAAAUUUUUGAGCCAGACUCUCAGAAAUAUUUAAAAGACAAUAAUUUUUUUCUUCAUUAUAAAUGGAUUCUCCACUCCGUAAGAGGAAAGAAACUUCCCAGUCCAUGCGAGAUGGACGAAGGAGCUCUGCGUGUCGACCUAACAAAGUUGGCUUAGCUCGUCUUGCCAAGACUCGAAGCCUCUCUAGCAGCACGGGCAACAUCUCAGAAUCAGAGAAUACCUUCUCUCAAUUUACUGGCAGCUCACAGAAUAAAGCUCCCAAACCUAAAGCUUGUGUGUUCACAAACCCUGCACUCCCUCCCUCCUCCCUCACCUUGGCCAAGACUGCUUGCACUUCUCACCGCAGCAAUGCCCAUGAUCCUCCAAUCAAACCUCCUCGUUCAAAUUUUAAAACUACUCCUGAGAUGCUCGCAACCAAAAAUGUCAUCAGUACAAAAGUUUUGAUUCCCACAAAUAAGUCACUGAGCUCAAAUUUUGUUUCCACUGAAACUGUAAUGGAAUCAGCAUCUUCGGAACAAAUGGUUUGUGGACAUGUGGAGCUUCAUCAGCACAAAGCAGGGGCUCAGCUAGAGUCUGGUUAUGCCAGUGAACAAAUAAAUGAUGCAACAUUUAGCGCUACUAUCAGUAAAAAUGAGAGAUCUGAAAAUUUUAGGAAAGAAAGUUCAUCCGUGAAAUUUUUUCUUGAAGAGCCAGACCCAAACUUGGUGUUCCCCAAGAUUUCAGGACAAAACUCAAGACUAAGCAAUGCUCCUUUGGCCAGUUUUGAUGAGAGUUUUGAUAUGGAGACAAGCAGUGAGAGCUACAGCAACUCUCACAGUAUAGCUUCACUGAGUGCAAAAGCUGCUAAGAAAACUUCCUUUGACAAGAUAAUUAAUGAAAACAAAUGUGAGAACAAGGACCAGCUGUCAUUUCCUGGUGUUCACAGCCUUGGGGAUUUAGUUGAUUAUGCUCAUCUCAACUGCAGUAGAGCUACAGAGUUGGAGUCAACUGGGUUGUUGAACCGACACAUCGGCAGCAUCCGACGUUUCCUGGGCCGCACAAGCAACAGCGCACAUGCUUCUCCAGACCGCCACUCUCCUGUCAUACGACUCAGCGAGUCAAAGGCUGACCACACUUCAGACUCCAGCAGGAGGCAGAGCAGCAGACGUCGACUGAGUGGGAGUUAUGCCACCGCCGCCCCCGGCUCAGCAAAAGAGCUCACAGUGCCCACUCAGCUGCUGCGCUCGAGCUCACUGAACAUGCUCAGUGAAGCCUUCUCUGCGGUACACAACCUCUGUGUGGUCCCUGCCAACGCCGGUACCGCGCUUGAAGAGGGAGGUCGCCACACGCCGGGCUCGGUGAGUCCAGCUCGGUCAUGCAGCCCCGUCCUGUCAUCUUCACCGCCUGCGUCAGGCAGUCCUGGCUCCCUCAAUGUGGCAAGUGGCGCCUCCCCUCAGAGUGGCACCUACCCUCAGAGUGGCCCCUACCCUCAGAGUGGCAGUUAUCGCAACAGUUCCACCAGGGCUGGGGCUAUUCCCCCCUCAAACAUGCCUGUUUCCUAUCCCCCAGUUCCUCUUCCACGCUCGCACUUCAACAAAGAUAAAUGCUCACCCAGGAAAGACAAAGCUUUUCUUGCAUCUAACUUGUGUGGUUCUGGGCUCAAUGGCAGGUUUAUUGUGUCCGAUAUUAAUGGUGAUCAACUGGUUUUGCUUCCUAAAUCUCCCUUAGCUUAUAACGAGUUUCCUGUUACUACUGGCCAAACUAAAUUUAAUUUUAGUGAGAAGAAAACUAAAUUACGCAAGAAGAAGAAAGGUCUUGGUGAGACUUUGCAACGGCUGCGAGGAGGCAGCGUUUCUCCAAGCAGUUCAGUUCACUCCAGCAGGGAGAACUCGUCCAGCGUGUCUCUGGACACAAGCUCCCCUCAGAGUGAGGCUGACAGCGCUGCCUCUGUCAGUCAGAAUAGCUCGAACAGCACUCCUUCUGCCUGCCAGAACAGCUCUGGCUCUACCUGCAACAGCACUCCGUCCAAGUCUGCCAGUCCUCUGAAGUCAGCCAGCUCGUCGUCGGCUAGUCUGCCAUUGCUGAUGGCCCAACUUGACCGCUGUGCCUGUACGCAGCCGAGCCCUUCGGUGUCAAGGAGCUUAGCUUUUCGUGACUCGCGUAGGCAUAUCAGCAGCACUGCGAAUACUCAGACGUGCGAGGCCUCGAUCAGCAUAUCGUCUUCUAAAGAACUGGCUUCAUCUGACCAAUCUUUAAGUUCAUCUGCAUGUGCAUCAGCUUCAAUUCAAAGUUCUCUAGUAUCUUCCAAUUCAUCGGGACGAGCGACUGUGGUGCAUAGGGCUUUAGGUUCUUCAUCUUCAGGGAACUCUCAGGAUUCUGUUAUGUCUUGUUUCAGCUCCGCACUCAACGACGAGAGCUCCAGAAGUUCGAGUCAUGAUAAUAAGUCAGAAAAAUCUAGUAUUAACGAUAUAACAUUUUCCCCGAAGCAUAGACCAAAGCCCGACACUGUCACGUCACCGGCAAAGAGACGCGCUGUACGUUGCAGCUCGUCUCCCCCGGUCACGGCACGAGAUCCUGUUACCUCCGACGCUCAGUCUGCCAAGCAUGGCAGCCUUUUAUCUCUUGAAGAUAACACCAAUGAAUGGGAAGUUAAGUUACGACCUAAAGAGUCACGACCCAAUCGCAAAGAUCGGGUCAACAGAAACAGAAAUGCUCAACUGUUUCUUCAUAAGAAAGUUAAUGGCAUCGCUCCCGAGCCCCAACCUGGUAUGGGUUCACCGCCCAGUACUGGUCAGCAAAGCAGCGCCGCCUUACCUGCGUCUGGCCAAGAAAUGCCUUCUGUACUGAGAAAUAAAAAGGCGGGCCUAGAGCGCACGGGUCGCCCGCAGUCCUGGGGCAGCGGUGGCGCGGCAUCUCUGCCAGGCGUGGCUGCCGCCAUAGGCACGAUGGUGGCCAGUACGAGCGGCACGAUCACCCCCAGCGACUCCCCCUGCCAGAGUCCCCUGCUGGUGAGCCCGUCUGGGUCGCUGGACCGUCUGGACCUGCAGGACGACCAGGAAGAAUAUGAGGAACCUGCCACCAGCUCUGCCACCGCCGCCAUCUUGGGUGCCAUCAACACCUCAGAGAUGCGCGCCAGGAGUUACCUGUAUGGAGGCCUGGACUUCCUCUUAGGGCCCCGGGAGCUGGACAGCGUCCUGCCAGACCGCGACAUCACCGUCUUCAUCGCCACCUGGAACAUGAACGGAAAGGAGCCCCCUGCCGCCCUGGACCACCUGCAGCUGGGACGGGAGCUGGCUGAGGUUCCUCACAUCUACGUCGUGGGCACGCAAGAGUCCGGCGUUGAGAGAAGAGCCUGGGAGGUUCGACUUCAGUCCUGCGUAGGUCAGCAACACGUGCUGCUCACGUCCGCAGCUCUCGGCAUCCUACAUCUGAACAUCUUCGUCAGGCGCGACCUCAUCUGGUUCUUCACAACUCCGGAGGAAGGCUAUCACAGCUUGCGUCCAGGCACAUAUUUUAAAACAAAAGGAGCCACCGCCAUUGCUUUCCAGUUUUUUGGUACGAAAUUCUUAUUCAUAAACUCGCACCUGUUUGCCCACGAGGAGAAAUGCGCGCAGCGCAUCCAGAACAUCAAGAACAUCUCGCACGCGCUCGACCUGCCGCGCACGCUACCCGUCAAACACAAGCACAAAGACGCGACGAAGCGCUUUGACUGCGUGUUCUGGCUGGGUGACCUGAACUUCCGUCUUGUCGCCAACCGCGACCACGUCCUCGAGAAGCUGAGUGGGGGCGUGCACGAGCCUGGCACGGUGCCCCACCUGCUGCAGUGGGACCAGCUCACCUGCGCCAGGAAGAAAGGGGAAACCUUGAUCGAUUUUGAGGAAGGCGAGAUCACCUUUGCUCCGACGUUUAAGUUCGACCCUGGCACUGACAGCUACGACUCAUCCAGCAAGCAGCGUGUGCCCUCCUACACUGACAGGAUUCUUUUCAAGUCGCCGAGGUCGUCCAUCAGCUGCCUGGAGUACGACAGUAGCCCCAUGUUCCGGUCUUCAGACCACAAGCCCGUCUGGGGUCUCUACCGCUGCAAGAUCAGACCUGGCAAAGACGACGUACCUCUGAACGCGGGCCAGUUCAACCGAGAGGUUUACGUAGAGGCGUUGAAACGGCGUCGCAAACUCCAGCAGCAGCUCAUGCGCAAAGGCGAGGACCCCGAGGGCGGCUGCUCCCUGCAGUGAGGUCUCCGACCUGCUCUUCUGCUGCUGGUUUCUGCCCGACGAUCUUCGGUUUCUUUCUCACCAUCUUCGGUUUGCUGGGGUGUGACACCAGGGUCAUGGUUCCCGAACGGGGUUAUAUUACCCCGUGGAGUUAUUGGUUGUUUGCCCAUUGUCAUGGUUGUCAAACGAGGUUAUAUUAUCCCAAAUGAGCUAACGUACAACGCAUAAUAUGAGGUAAUAAUGGGGGUAAUUCUCAAACGGGGUUAUAUCACCUGUAUGGGGUAAUGUCAGUCAGGAUAUGAGGUAUUUACCCAUUAAGUAAUCUACGUAGGACGGCUGCUCCGUGCAGUUAGGAUUCUUCUUGUCUCUUCUCACAACUUUUGUGGCUCGAGAUGUGCCGCUUGCAUCUGAAAUUUGUUUCGUCUUUGAAGUUAGUUUCGUGGUGUUUAAGGAACUUUGUUGUAUUUGAAGAUGGAAUGCCUGAUUUUGACUGCUCAUGUAUAGUUUAAGACAAAGAAAGUUGCAUAAUUGCUAGGAAUUCUUGAAGAUUCUAAAAGUACAUUUGUAUGAAUUUGCUCAUAAUGGAAUUGUUUUGCUCGUAAAACCAAUGUUACGUUGGGACUUGUUGUGAGGCCGAGGUUUUUAUGUCUUGAUAUGUUGAAGUCAUGUCGCAAAUAAUGAAUACGUCGUAACGUGUGAAGUCCCAAAUGUCCACUUAAUAUUUAUUUCUCUCUUGUUUUGCACUAUAUGAUUCAUCUGCUCAAAUCUUUUGCUGAAGCGUUUUGAAUUCCUACCUGGUAUUUUUCCCUGUACGAAACAUUUCCCAGCAGUUGUCGAAACUAAAAGUUUUUAUUUGAUGCCGUUCGUGCAGCAUAAAUGUACCAAUCCAAGUCUUGAUGCAAGCUUAUUGUGUGUGAAUGGUCGAUAUCAACGACAUCUCCGAUUAUUAUUAGUAAGCGAAUGGCCAAAAAUAAUCACUUUGACUUACAGGCUCAUGAUUUUGUGACGUUAAUAAACGUGUUCAAGUGUAU